GGAGGAGCCGCCGUGUAGGGGCGCGAUGGCGGCGGUGGCGGUGGCCCCGGCGGUUCGGCCCUCGCUGGGGCUGCGCCGGUGCCUGCGCUGCGGGCCCGGUCCGCGGGCUGUGCCCGCCGGCGGGGCCGCCCCCAGGCCGUGCAGCACUCGGGCGGCUCCGCGGGGCAUCGACAGGCCCGUCAUCGACCGCAUCAUCCGCGUGGACCACGCCGGGGAGUACGGGGCCAACCGCAUCUACGCGGGGCAGAUGGCCGUGCUGGGCAGGUCGAGCGUGGGGCCGGUCAUCCAGCAAAUGUGGGAUCAAGAAAAAGACCACCUGAAAAAGUUCAAUGAGCUCAUGGUUGCAUACAGAGUUCGACCCACUGUUUUAUUGCCUUUCUGGAAUGUAGCAGGUUUUGUUUUAGGGGCUGGAAGUGCUUUACUGGGAAAGAAAGGUGCCAUGGCUUGCACAGUGGCAGUGGAAGAGAGUAUAUCAGACCACUACAACAACCAGAUCCGAACUCUCAUGGAAGAGGAUCCAGAAAAGUACAAAGAACUACUGCAGAAUACUGAAGUCAGCAGAAACCUUUAAAAUAAAAGGAUGUUUUUUUCCUUCAGCAGCACUAAAUGGAUCAAGGACCAAAAUUAAAAUGUACGUUGGUUAUCUUCAGCAUACUUUCAGUAAUUCAGUGUUUCCCUUUUGAGUGGGAGAAUUGUGCUUUAAUUUUGAUAAAUUUUAAUUGAAAGGAAGGGUCUGAAAGGGAAAUAAAAAGCAGAAACAUGAUUGCAUAGUAGCUUUGUUGCCCUGCUCUGAACACAUUCGGGUACCUUCACAUCCUCAUUAAACUGCAGGGCCCAGAGCUGCACACAGUGCCUUUUGGUCCCAGCUGAAAAACUCAAAGAGAAAAAAAGAAUUCUUUAGAACAGAAAAUAGCCCAGUUGGCCUACAGGGAAACACCCCUUAGAAGAAAGGGACCGUAAUUUCCUUAUUCAGAUUGUGAGGAUUGUGUGUGUGUGUGAAACUAAUCACUGUUAAAAGUUUACUGUGACUACAGUUUUUUUUGAAACAGUGAAAAAGACAGAAUUAAACAGCACCUUGGCCUUAAAGACUUUUUUUGGAGAAUACUGUGAAGAAUUCAUUUCUUCCUGAAUUAGAGAUUCAGAUCUUUGAGAAGUUCUUGAGAGACCUCAGCUUGCUGUGGUGCAUGCAGUGGUCAACAGCAGAUAGUUUUAUGUACCAGCUGCCUUGAUUUGUCUGCAAAGUAGAUUUCUAAUAACCUGCUUU